GGUUUUUUUUUUUUAAAUCCGAAUUGCGUUCGUUCGUUCGCUCGCUCGUCCGCUCGACGCCUACGCAGGAGACAGUCGGCCACAAAACGAAUACAAAUAGGCGGCGCAACCGCACCGAGACGCCCCCCAAGAUGUCCGCCGGCCUGUACGUCACCGAGUACAAUGGCACCGUUGGCGUCGCUGACGCCGGUUACUCUACCGGCGUCACCGACUUCAACCAGUUCUACGAGAGCGGCGACUUCGCCUGGAUCCUGACGUGUUCCGCGCUCGUGCUGCUCAUGAUCCCGGGCGUCGGGUUCUUCUACUCGGGGCUCGCGCGCCGCAAGUCGGCCCUCUCGCUCAUCAUGCUGGCCAUGCUGUCCAUCGUCGUCGUCGACUUCCAGUGGUUCUUCUGGGGCUACAGCCUCGCCUUCUCCCACACCGGCAGCAGCUUCAUCGGCGACCUCUCCAACUUCGGCCUCCGCGAGACCCUCGCCCAGCCCUCCGUCGGCAGCGGCAAGAUCCCCGACCUCCUCUUCUGCCUCUACCAGGGCAUGUUCGCCGCCAUCACCCCCGCCCUCGCCAUCGGCGCCGCCGUCGACCGCGCGCGCGUGCUGCCGUGCAUCGUCUUCAUCUUCGUGUGGGCGACGAUCGUGUACGACCCGCUGGCGUACUGGACGUGGAACGCGAACGGGUGGUCGUUCGUGAUGGGCGGCCUGGACUUCGCCGGCGGGACGCCGGUGCACAUCUCGUCGGGCGCGGCCGCGCUCGCCUUCUCGGUCAUGAUCGGCAAGCGGGCCGGGUACGACCGCGCGCGCGGGCUGCCGUACCGGCCGCACAACGUCACCCACAUCGUCCUCGGCACCGUCUUCCUCUGGGUCGGCUGGUUCGGCUUCAACGGCGGCUCCGCCCUCGCCGCCAACCUGCGCGCCGUCAUGGCCUGCCUCGUCACCCACCUCGCCGCCUCCCUCGGCGCGCUCGCCUGGGUCCUCCUCGACUACCGCCUCGAGCGCAAGUGGUCCGUCGUCGGCUUCUGCUCCGGCGCCAUCUCCGGCCUCGUCGCCAUCACCCCCGCCGCCGGCUACGUCACCCCCUGGGCCGCCGUCGUCUUCGGCCUCGUUGGCGGCGUCGCCUGCAACUUCGCCACCAAGCUCAAGUUCCUCAUCGGCGUCGACGAGGCCCUCGACGUCUUCGCCGUCCACGGCGUCGGCGGCAUCGUCGGCAACCUGCUCACUGGCAUCUUUGCUGCCGACUACAUCGCGGCGCUCGACGGCUCGACGGAGAUCGCGGGCGGGUGGAUCAACCGCAACUUCGUGCAGCUCGGGUACCAGCUGGCGGACAGCGCCGCCGGCUUCUCGUACUCGUUCGUGCUGACGUGCGUCAUCCUCUUCGUCCUCAACCUCAUCCCCGGGCUCAGCCUGCGCGUCUCCGCCGCCCACGAGGACGUCGGCAUCGACGACGACCAGCUCGGCGAGUUCGCCUACGACUACGUCGAGCUCCAGCGCAACACCAGCGACGUCGCCCUCGCCGCCCCCGGCCCCGCCGCCCCCGGCUCCUCCAAGGGCAGCGACCCCGAGAAGAUGGUCUGAGGGCCCCCCCCGCCCGCUUCGCUGCUUUCUAAACUUUUAUAUACCCCCCUCACUCCCCCCCCCCCCCUGCUACGCCUCUACUAGAUUGCGGUCGCGGCGAGGAUGGGAGUGACGGCCGCGUUAAUCACCCGUAUUCCCUUUGCCUAGGUAGUACCAACUUCUUUUUCUUGUCCUCGCCCCGGAGCGGGAACG